GAGGCCGGCGUACGCGGCUUGUCGCCCGGGCAACCCGGGAGGCCAACACCCGACCCAGGUGGCGGCGCCGAAAGCGGCGGCGAUGGUGUCCAACCCUGUGCAUGGCCUGCCCUUUCUCCCGGGCACGUCCUUUAAGGACUUCACGAAAACAGCAUUUCAUAGAAGCCAGACUCUGGGCUACAGGAAUGGCUAUGCAGUUGUUCGACGUCCAACAGUUGGUAUAGGCGGGGAGCGGCUCCAGGUCAACCAGCUGUCCCAGGCUGAGCUGGAUGAGUUGGCCAACAAGGCACCGAUUUUAACUUAUGGCCAACCUAAGCAGGCCCCACCUGCAGAAUUUAUUCCUGCACAUGUGGCUUUUGACAAAAAGGUGCUGAAAUUUGAUGCCUAUUUCCAAGAAGAUGUUCCUAUGUCAACUGAGGAACAUUAUCGGAUUCGCCAAGUGAACAUUUACUACUACCUGGAAGAUGACAGCAUGUCUGUCGUGGAGCCUGUUGUGGAAAACUCUGGGAUCCUUCAAGGCAAGUUAAUCAAACGCCAGCGGCUACCCAAGAACGACCAGGGAGACCAUUACCAUUGGAAAGACCUAAAUCGAGGAAUAAACAUAACAAUUUAUGGCAAAACUUUCCGCAUUGUUGACUGCGACCGAUUCACGCAGGUAUUUUUGGAAAGUCAAGGAAUUGAAUUAAAUCCACCAGAGAAGAUGGCUCUUGAUCCUUACACUGAACUCCGGAAACAGCCUCUUCGUAAGUAUGUCACCCCAUCGGACUUUGACCAACUGAAGCAGUUUCUCACCUUUGACAAACAAGUUCUUCGAUUCUAUGCAGUCUGGGAUGAUACAGACAGCAUGUUUGGUGAAUGUCGGACCUACAUCAUUCAUUACUAUCUUAUGGAUGAUACAGUGGAAAUUCGAGAAGUCCAUGAACGGAACGAUGGGCGAGAUCCUUUCCCACUCCUGAUGAACCGCCAGCGCAUGCCAAAGGUUUUGGUGGAGAAUGCAAAGAACUUCCCUCAGUGUGUGCUGGAGAUCUCUGAUCAAGAGGUGUUGGAAUGGUAUACCGCCAAAGACUUCAUUGUGGGGAAACCACUCACUAUCCUCGGGAGAACCUUCUUCAUCUAUGAUUGUGAUCCUUUCACUCGACAGUAUUACAAAGAAAAGUUUGGAAUCUCUGAUUUACCACGUAUUGAUGUGAGCAAGAAGGAGCCACCUCCUGUGAAACCGGAAUUACCUCCCUAUAACGGUUAUGGACUUGUUGAAGACUCUGCUCAGAAUUGCUUUGUUCUCAUUCCAAAGGCUCCGAAAAAAGAUGUUAUUAAAAUGCUGAUGAACGAUAACAAGGUGCUUCGUUAUUUGGCUGCACUGGAAUCUCCCAUCCCGGAAGACAAAGACCGCCGAUUUGUCUUCUCUUAUUUUCUUGCCAGUGACAUGAUCAGUAUCUUUGAGCCACCUGUCCGCAAUUCUGGCAUCAUUGGGGGCAAGUACCUUGGCAGAACUAAAGUUGCUAAACCGUCCUCAACAGCGGAAAAUCCCAUCUACUAUGGCCCGACUGACUUCUUCAUUGGUGCUGUGAUUGAGGUGUUUGGCCACCGGUUUGUCAUCCUUGACACAGACGACUAUGUUUUGAAGUACAUGGAGAGCAAUGCUGCCCAGUAUUCACCAGAAGCACUCUUGUCCAUUCAGAACCGUGUUCAAAAGCAAGAAGGUCCUGCACCAGAAUUGGAAAAAGAAAAGCAGCAAGAAAUCGAGAAUGUUGUUACUCAGCUUCCUGACUACCUGAAGCUCUCUGAGCAAGGGACUGCCUGUCCUGGGAGUGGGUCUACCUUCACUGGGACCAAGGGGAGACCUUGGAUCAUGGAUCAAGAGCUAAGCAAGCAAACUAAAGAGGAUCCAGGUGUGCAAGAACUGGAGGCAUUAAUAGACACAAUCCAGAAGCAACUGAAAGAUCAUCCGUGCAAAGACAACAUUCGCGAAGCCUUUCAAAUUUAUGACAAGGAAGCUUCAGGAUAUGUUGACAAAGAGAUGUUCUUUAAAAUCUGUGACUCUCUCAACCUGCCAAUUGAUGAUUCCUUGAUUAAGGAGUUGAUCAGGCUGUGCCCUCACAGAGAAGACAAGAUUAACUACUAUCACUUUGUGCGUGCUUUCUCCAACUGACCUGGCUGAGGAGAGAAUGCAGUACGACGUUUUGAGGGGACCCAGGUCAAACUGAGUCCAUUAAAGCAUCUCCCUCACUUAGCUUGUGGACCUACUGCACUCUGACAGCCCUUUUCAGGAACUCCACACUCUAGUAACUUCUCCACAACCCUGCAAGAGGGAAGUUCACAAAACUCAAUCCUCAAGUCUUUCAUGGAUCUGCGCCACCUGCAGCAGAUGGAGGUACCUGCCGGCUUUGGUCCUGAGCUGAAAGGGAGACAUUAGGGAAACGUCCUCUUACCCACCUUUUGAGGUCCAAGUGCUCCUCGUCCUUCUACCCGUGUUCUGACCGUUCUCUUCUGGUUCCCUGUGCCUGCCCCGCUGUGAAGGUCAAGUGCCUCACGGAGAGCUGUGCUGAGUACGGCAGGCCGUGCUCGCCUACGGGGCUUCAGCUCCCUGUCCCUGCCUCACUUCCCAAGCUUGCCCAAGACGGGAAGCUCCAUCACCACGUACAGAAGACCAGAGCCAGCGGGUCACUUCCGGGGGCCCCACGCUCCCUGCUCAGCCCCGCUACUUUAUACAAGCCCCACCGAGGGUAGAGCCACACGCGCAGAUCGUUCUUCUGAAUUCCGAAUGGCGCCGCAGCCACCUGAUGUCGCUUGGGCUACACUCAGCCCCGGCACGCAGUGGUGUCCUGGCCGAGGGGACGUUAGAGUGGGGCGUUAGCCUGCAGCAAGCAGAACUGCAGGGAGGGGAAAGGACCUCCAUUGAGGGGGCCGCCAGGGAGGGGAGACAAGUAGCCUCCCUCCUCGCGUCUGCCCCAGAGGCCACCGAGAGCUGUGGCUCUCCACUCUGACUGAGCGAUGGGAACAGGACGGCUUGGGACAGCUAUGGGUUCGGGGCAGCAAAAUCUGCCCUGCGGGGGAAGACGGGCUCAGAGGUAGCCGCUGCUCAGGCCCGGGGCUUGCACUCUGUAACCGCCCCCGGGGCUUGAAAAUACCAGCUAAGUAGGGUGGGUCAAACCCCUGUCUCUGGGCUUUGAGGGCAUUUGGGACCAAGAGGGGGAGAAGACCUGUCUCAAUGCUUCCAGAAAAUCAAGGGUUACUUGGGUAAGGGACUCCUUAAUAUCCUGCUGGUACCGAAUAGCCUGAGUACACGUGUUCAUUAAAAACCAGCCA